ACAGAUAUGCUGCACCCCAACAAUAUACAGUUCCAUCCUUCUUCCUUCCUUCUGAUAGGGAUUCCAAGGCUGGAAAAUGUGAACAUCUGGAUUGGCUCCCCCUUCUUUGCAGUGUAUCCAAUAACCCUCAUGGGAAAUGUCACCAUCCUGUUUGUGAUCCAGACUGAACGCAGCCUCCACCAGCCUAUGUUUUACUUCCGCAUGUUGGCCUGCACUGACCUUGGCCUGUCUACAGCCACCAUCCCCAAGAUGCUGGGUGUUUUCUGGUUCAAUCUCAGGGAGAUUGUGUUUGGUGCUUGCAUCAAGAUGUACACAAUCCAUAUAUGCACUGGCCUGGAGUCUGCGGUGCUGACAGUCGUGGCCAUAGACCGAUACAUUGCUGUCUGCAACCUCCUGAGAUACAGCAUGAUACUCACCAAUAAGGUGAUAGCCAUCCUGGGCACAGUCAUCAUGGUCCGGACUUUGGUGUGUGUGUCUCCUUUUAGAGUCCUUAUCCUAAGCCUUCCUUUCUGUGAUGCCCAGAUCAUCCCCCACACCUAUGGUGAACCCCUGGGUUUGGCAAAGUUGGCUUGUGCCAGUAUUAAGGUCAGUGCUUUCUAUGGCUUGAUUGCUUUUUCCAUGGGAUAUAUUGACCUUUCUGUGAUUGGAUUUUCCUAUGUCCAAAUCCUCAGAGCAGUCUUCUACCUCCCGUCCUGGGAUGCCCGCCUCAAGGCACUCAGGACAUUUGGCUCCCACGUCUGCUUAAUGUUGGCUUUCUACCUGCCAGCACUCUUCUCCUUCAUGACACACUGCUUUGGCCACAACAUCCCUCAUUAUAUCCCCAUACUUCUGGCCAAUGUAUAUGUGGUUUUUCCCCCUGCCCUUAACCCUGGAAUCUAUGGGGUCAGGACAAAACAGAUAAGAGAGCGGGCACUUAGGAUGCUUAACCCUAAAAGCUUGAUAUUUAACCCCAAGAGGAUCUUCCAUGAUCAUUCAGUGGAAUGAUAAGAUCAAAACAGAAGUAAACACUGGAAUAUUUUUGUUAAAAUCCUCUACGUGUAAUCCUCUACUACAUUUUCCUUAUUAGUCAUAAUGUACACCACAUUAGAAGGCAGAGCUCAAAGAUUCCAAAAUAAUCACUCUAUUUUUUGCCACAGGAAAAGUACAACAAAAAAUUCUCACAUUUAAACCCCACUGAUACUACAAGAGUCCUAAGGUGAGAAAAAAGUUUGAAAAGGUGGCCC